ACAUACUACAGCGAACAAUGAAGCCCCAACAGCUGCUCCUGCUCAAACCCUUUCGAAGAAUGCCCAAAAGCGGCUGGCAAAAGCUGCAUCUCUAGCGGAGAAAAAGAAAGAACGGCGUGCACAUGAGAAGGAGAAGAGAAAAGAGAAGAAGCGGCAGAGAGCGGAGCAGAAGCCUGCUGGAGAACUGGAUGAGGAAGAAGAGGCCAGGCAGAAGAAGAAAGCUAGGAUUGUGCCAAAGAAACCGUUCAAUGCGAGGAUCGUGAUCGACUUGGGUUUCGAUGAGUUAAUGUCUGAGAAUGAAAUCAAGUCUUUGACCUCCCAACUCGCAUACACAUAUAGUGCAAACCGAAAAGCAGUCCAGCCGUUCUCUUCAUUGUUAUUCACAUCGCUGAAUGGCCGAACUUAUACCCGUCUGGAGACUAUCAGCGAUGCCGCAUACAGGCGUUGGCAUAACUCCGAGUGGUGGUCAGAAAGCUAUGAACGGCUGUGGGAAGGUCCACCAGCUUCUGCGGGCGAAUCAAGUACAUCAGGCGAAGCUCAACCUACGAAUGAGGGAACUAAUAAGGCCAACGGAGAUCAACUCGAGAAGACUCCCGAAUCGCAAGCUGUCCCCAGAGAGAGUAUCGUCUACCUCACGGCAGAUUCUGCGGACGAACUUACCGAACUGAGGGAAGAUGAGACGUACAUUAUCGGUGGACUCUGCGACCACAACCGCUAUAAGAACCUCUGUUUCAAGAAAUCUCAGACAACAGGCAUUCGUUCAGCUCGCCUUCCUAUAGGAACCUACCUUUCCGAACUCAAGACUCGCAAAGUACUCACGGUCAAUCAAACAUUUGAGAUCCUACUGAAAUGGGUCGAGACGCGAGAUUGGGAACAAGCAUUAUAUUCAGUCGUUCCCAAACGAAAGUUUCAGGAUAUAGCGGGUUCCACAGCGAAGACACCUGAAGCUGCGACUACUGACGGUGUCAGUGUUAAGCAAAUGGUGGUUGAUGCGGCAGAGUUAGAAGACGAGGAUAACGAGGGCGUUGAUAGUGGUGAUGAGGCUGGGAUUGCUAUUGCUGCUCCUCUUGAACCUAUGACUUCGAGUGAAAACGGUCCUGCGAUAGUCAUGGAUCCAGAUGAUAACAAAGAAGUGCCACCGUAGUACGUAUUGCAAAAUGAAUCAAAUUCAGAUUGUACUACAGCACAUCUUUCAAGUUGGUCUGAGCGGUGCCUCGUUCGAGAGCUCU